AUGUUUCAACGCGUGUCGUUCGACGUCCGCUUCGACCUCGUGGUCUUGUCAGGACCUGGCUGCUUGUUCGCUCGCUGUUGUCGCUGGCGGCCGGCGGAGGCUUUCUUUGGCGACCUGCUGAACGACCAGGCCUUCGCGCUGGCGCGGCGCAUCCUGGCGGACUAUCAUCCGCUGCAGCCAGAAAUGGUGCUGCAAUUGGCGGCGCAGCAGCUGCCCCAAUUUCUGACAAAAGCCGUCGUCAGAAAGAUCAGCGUGCCGCUGCCGUGGCGCGACCGGGGCGGCCUGCCGCUGCCCAAGUGGCUCGCCAACUACAUGACCUGCACCUGGCGGGCGCCGAUCCAGCAGCGCUACCGCCGCAUCCACAAGCACCUGCGCGUCGAGGCCCCGCUUGAAGAGUGGAUCAAUGUCUGCGCCGAGUCGGGGGAGGUGCUGGGCGACGAGUACUGCGGGCAGUGGCUGUUGCUCAACGUCCCCUUCUUGGCGCUGGAUGACCUGUGGCUCCGCCGCGCGCUGCGCGUGCCGGAGCGGCUGCGGUUCCUGGCGCUGCGCCUGCUGCACAAGCCUGCCUACUGGCGCAGCCCGGCCCGCGUUCGCGCCGACCUGGAGCUGGAGGCCCGGGCCGAGACCUACAUCCGGAACGCGCUGGACAUGCUGGACGACCGUGUGCCCGACGCGGCCGCGGCCGCUGAUGGCUUCCUGGACCCGGCGCAGCUGGCGCCCGAGCAGGAGCUGGCCCGGCGCAACGUGGUUGCCGCGGCUGCCGCGGCGGUUGCGGCCAAGUGGCCCGACGACGGCGCCGACCCGGCUGCCUGGGAGCACUGGCUGGCGGCGCAGGGCGGCCGCGCCAACCGCGUCUUCGCGGUUCUCGGGCCCGCCGGCAGCGGCAAGACGAGCGCAGUGGAGCUCGCGAUCGCGCAGGCGGUCCAAGCCGGGGCACAUGUUGGCGUGGCCUGCCCAACUGGCAUGCUGGCUGCGCGCUACCGGCGCCGCUUCCCCGACCUGGAUGUGGAUACGAUCCACGGGAUGUUCUCCCUCUUCAAGGCGGAGCUGCAAACGCUGGAGAUGAUGCUCGUCUACGACCUGGUCGUCAUCGACGAGGUGGGCCAGGUUCCGCUCUGGAUCUUCGAGCGGUUGCUGCGCCUCUGGGACGCCGCUGGCCGGCGCCCAGCUCUGGUCUUUGUCGGGGACUUCGCCCAGCUCCGCGGCGCUGACGGGACCUGCGCGAAGCAGAGCGCGCGGUGGCGCGAGGUGCUUCGCACGCAAGGAGGCAUGAAUUUCAAGUCCCGUGCAACAGCCAACAGCGCUUCGCACUCGCCGCACUAG